AUGACUUGUCCGAGAGACAUCGUUGAAGAAGGCGAAUGUGGAAGAGACUCGAUGAAAGAUGUUGAGCUUGGCCUCAGCCGUUUACAUCUCAGCCCAGGAUGUGAACAGUUUUCUCCUUGCAUUAUGGAUGAAUCGCCUGGUGAUUCACACAUCUAAAAAUGCUCAUUGACAAUUUUUUGUGCGGGGUUGUGUAGGAAAAAAACCGAUCAUCAGUGAGCAAAGAAGUUGUGAUGUAGUGAAAACUUGCAUAUUACUCAUUUUUUUUUUUAGAUUAGUGAGUCGGUUAUCUUGUUUUUAUGGCCGAUUUCUUAGUAAAGCAGAAAGCAUACCGCAGAGGAUUGCUUAAACUGUCUGAAUGAUUCUAAUUUUGAAAAUUCAUGCACUAACUCACAAGUUGAUCGUUUUUGAAAGUUAUUAGAAUUUUAAAGCAAAACAAACUAAUAACUGAGACCGGCAGACGCCAAGGUCACUUUUCGACACUUUAGUGCCCUGGGGCUUUAUUGUUGUGUUCUGUUUUUUUCGGUUUUUUUUUUUGUUUGUUUGUUUUUUUCCUUUUUUGUGCCGAUCAGAUUUCAAGAGAAAGAAAAAAUAUUUUCUGCGCAAAAUAUCUCUAUUGUUUGUGGAUGGCAAUUCAGCCAGUAA